AAUAAACUCCUGCCUAACUUGGUUUCAGGGGCGUCGUCGUUUCAGACGAGAAGCCGGACACGCGGCGGCCGGGGUUGCUUCGCCGUGGGUUGGCUCAGAUACUCAUUUGACUCAAGAUGACUCCUUUGUUUAAAACGUUACUGUUAACCUACCUGACCUGUGUGGGACAGAUACAAGCAGAAUUUUUCACUUCUAUAGGCCAGAUGACAGACCUGAUCUAUGCAGAAAAAGAUCUGGUCCAAUCGUUGAAGACAUACAUUCAAGAAGAAGAAUCGAAGCUUGCUAAAAUUAAAAGUUGGGCUGAGAAAAUGGAAUCCCUAACUUUCAAGUCCACUUCAGAUCCCGAAGGUUAUCUUGCACACCCAGUCAAUGCUUACAAGCUGGUGAAGCGUCUAAACACAGAAUGGCUCAAGCUAGAGAAUCUGGUUCUCGAGGACACAACUAAGGGUUUUAUUUCAAAUCUCACAAUUCAGCGUCAGUUCUUCCCAAAUGAAGAAGAUGAGACGGGAGCUGCCAAAGCAUUAAUGCGCUUGCAGGACACAUACAAGCUGGACACUGAAAUGAUUUCGAAAGGAGAAUUUCCAGGAACAAAAUAUAGAUCAGUUCUGACAGUGGAAGACUGCUUUGGCAUGGGCAAAACUGCUUACAGUGAUGGAGAUUAUUACCACACUGUGCUGUGGAUGGAGCAGGCAUUGAAACAGCAUGACGAAGGUGAAGAGACAACCGUCACCAAAGUGGAGAUCCUGGAUUAUCUCAGCUAUGCCAUCUUCCAGCUUGGUGAUAUACGCAGAGCUAUGGAACUCACCAGACGGUUGGUUUCCCUGGAUCCCAGUCACGAGAGAGCAGGCAACAACAUGCGGUAUUUUGAGAAGCUGUUGGAAAGUGAGAAAGAAGUGCAGUCCUUGAAUGAGACUUCAGAUUCAACAGAGCCAAAAACAUCUGGUGGGAUUUAUGACAGGCCACAGGACUAUCUGCCAGAGCGCGACAUCUAUGAGGCCCUGUGCAGAGGAGAAGGUGUGAAAAUGACACCCCGGAGACAGAAGAGGCUGUUUUGUAGGUAUCAUAAUGGAAACCGAAAUCCCCACCUACUUAUAGCACCGUUUAAAGAAGAAGAUGAAUGGGAUAGCCCUCACAUAGUCAGAUACUACGAUGUCUUAUCUGAUGAAGAAAUAGAGAAGAUUAAGGAGCUGGCUAAACCUAAACUAGCAAGAGCUACCGUACGUGACCCCAAGACAGGUGUGCUAACUGUGGCCAACUACCGGGUAUCUAAAAGUUCAUGGCUGGAGGAAACUGAUGAUCAAGUUGUUGCCAAAGUGAACCAGCGUAUGGAGCAGAUUACAGGAUUGACAGUGAAAACAGCCGAAUUGUUGCAGGUUGCAAAUUACGGCAUGGGAGGGCAGUAUGAACCACACUUUGACUUCUCAAGGAAAGAUGAACCUGAUGUUUUCAAGCAUUUAGGGACUGGGAAUCGUGUGGCCACUUUUUUAAACUAUAUGAGUGAUGUGGAAGCUGGAGGCGCCACAGUUUUUCCAGACUUUGGAGCAGCAAUCUGGCCCAAAAAGGGGACUGCAGUAUUUUGGUAUAACCUGUUCAGAAGUGGAGAAGGUGAUUACCGAACGAGACACGCAGCAUGCCCAGUAUUAGUAGGAUGUAAGUGGGUAUCGAACAAGUGGUUUCACGAAAGAGGAAAUGAAUUCUUAAGGCCAUGCGGGACAACAGAAGUUGACUGAAAGCAACCUACAUAUUAGUUGGCUUUUCCUACCACCAACACCAUCUGCCCACUUCUUUCUCUGUCGUCCAGUUCAUUUCUGAGAAAUGAGUCCUACUCUGCUAUGGAAAAAUGAUGGCAGUAUUUAUUGAAAGAUAAGAUGGUGUCUGUCAGUGGAAGAAGAGAACUCUCUAUUAUUCUAUUGGUGCUCUGUGGCUCUGUCUUCCCAUAUUGUCUGCAUCGAUUGCCAGUUCUCUGCCAUCACCAGUUUCUGCAGCAAGUACAGGAACUGUUUGGCUCGUGAUCAAGGCAUGUUUGAUGUUGAAGACUCAUCACUGAAUCCAUUUUUCUAAUGUCGGAUUUUUAAUUUUAUUGUAUUUUCUAAGCUGUGCAACUAGAAUAUUUUAAAAGAUAAAAUAUUCUUUAAGAGAA